UGGCGUAAAGGAGUUCCCGUGUGCCCACGGUCACCACCGCCCCACCUGGGCCACUGGAGCUUCCCCUUGGACCCCCGGUGCCCACUGGCCACCCUCAUCCAGCGUGCGAGCUCGCCUUCCGCUCCACUGGUCCAUGGACUCCCACGGAAACCACAGAAUCUCUUCUGUAGGGCUGGCCUUUUCCAUUUUAUAUACGGAGAAAUUGAGGCUCAGAGAAGCAAAGUGACCUGUCUGAGCUUGCCUCACAAGUCGGCCGCAGCGUCUGCCCUUCAUCAGCCGGGCGGACGCCGUGGGCAUGGACUAUUCGUACGACGAGGACCUGGACGAGCUGUGCCCCGUGUGUGGGGACAAGGUGUCCGGCUACCACUACGGGCUGCUCACAUGCGAGAGCUGCAAGGGCUUCUUCAAGCGCACGGUGCAGAACAACAAGCACUACACGUGCACCGAGAGCCAGAGCUGCAAGAUCGACAAGACGCAGCGCAAGCGCUGUCCCUUCUGCCGCUUCCAGAAGUGCCUGACGGUGGGGAUGCGCCUGGAAGCCGUGCGUGCUGACCGCAUGCGAGGUGGCCGGAACAAGUUUGGGCCCAUGUACAAGCGGGACCGGGCUCUGAAGCAGCAGAAGAAGGCACAGAUUCGAGCUAAUGGCUUCAAGCUGGAGACAGGACCCCCAAUGGGGGUGCCCCCGCCACCACCUCCCCCACCGGACUACAUGCUGCCCCAUGGCCUGCAUGCAUCUGAGCCCAAGGGCCUGGCCUCCGGUCCACCAGCUGGGCCGCUGGGCGACUUUGGGGCCCCAGCGUUACCCAUGGCUGUGCCCAGCGCCAAUGGGCCACUGGCUGGCUACCUCUACCCUGCCUUCCCUGGCCGCGCCAUCAAGUCUGAGUACCCAGAGCCCUAUGCCAGCCCCCCACAGCCCGGGCCGCCCUACGGCUACCCAGAGCCCUUCUCGGGGGGGCCUGGCGUGCCCGAACUUAUCCUACAGCUGCUGCAGCUGGAGCCAGAUGAGGACCAGGUACGGGCACGCAUCGUGGGCUGCCUGCAGGAACCGACCAAAGGCCGCCCUGACCAGCCUGCGCCCUUCAGCCUCCUGUGCAGAAUGGCUGACCAGACCUUCAUCUCCAUCGUGGACUGGGCACGCAGGUGCAUGGUCUUCAAGGAGCUGGAGGUGGCCGACCAGAUGACACUGCUGCAGAACUGCUGGAGCGAGCUGCUGGUUUUUGACCACAUCUACCGUCAGAUUCAGCAUGGCAAGGAGGGCAGCAUCCUGCUGGUCACAGGGCAGGAGGUGGAGCUGGCCACGGUGGCCGCCCAGGCGGGCUCCCUGCUGCAUAGCCUGGUGCUUCGGGCGCAGGAGCUGGUGCUGCAGCUGCAUGCCCUGCAGUUGGAUCGCCAGGAGUUCGUCUGCCUCAAGUUCCUCAUUCUCUUCAGCCUCGAUGUGAAGUUCCUGAACAACCACAGCCUGGUGAAGGACGCUCAGGAGAAGGCCAACGCCGCCCUGCUCGACUACACUCUGUGCCACUACCCGCACUGCGGGGACAAGUUCCAGCAGCUGCUGCUGUGCCUGGUGGAGGUGCGGGCGCUGAGCAUGCAGGCCAAGGAGUACCUGUACCACAAACACCUGGGCAACGAGAUGCCUCGGAACAACCUGCUCAUCGAGAUGCUGCAGGCCAAGCAGACUUGAACUCAGGCCGGACCCCACCACGAAGGCCGCUGGCCCUCCGCUUUCUGAAGCCCUGUGCUUGGGAAGGUGGGUGAGGGUGAGCAGGGCCUGGCUGAGGGCAGGUGGUCCCCGCUCACCGCUGGCACUUGCCUGCCACUCAGAGUGCCCCAAGGAGGUGGCUGCUAGCCACUCCUUCCUUCCCCCUGCUCCCAGCUGUCUGUCCUGGAGUCUGGAUCCCAGGCCCAGGGAAGAGGUUUGGAUUCCCUGGUGGGCCUCAAUGUCCCUUGAGUCAGAAGUCAUCCCUUCGUCCUCUCUUGGGAGCAGAGGCAGAGAGGGGUCGAGUGGACAUCAGUGGGCGAGAGAGGAGAGGGUCUCCAGACCCCCUCCUGGAGAUCGGGAGGGAAGCCCUCCGUUUUGUAAACUAAGGAUAACAGAGUUUGCAAACUUAGGCAAGGGACUGUUGGGCCCUGGAGGACACUGGGAGACUGGUUAGGACAAAAAGACCUCCUCCCUCAACCCUCUGCCCCAUCUGACGUCUGCAGGGGAGAACUUUGACACGUUAUCUGAAAAGCAUUUUGCUACAAUAAUCUUUCUAACCCUCUCCCGCCAGAGGAGAAGUUUGGUUUGGCACAAUCGGCAUUCUAGCCCUGCUCACAGUUGGCCCUCCUGGCUGGUAUUUAUCUGCAAGGCUGUAGUCAAGAAGUUUUUUUGUUUUGUUAUUUGAUUUUAAUUUAGAUGCUCCUUGAAAGGUAUGUAUGUGGAGGGGCAGGGGACAGAUCUGAGGACUGAGACUGGGAUGAGGGGACUAGCACCAAGGACAGCCCGUGGUUUCUCUCCAGACACCCUCAUAUUGAGUAUCCUGGGGGUGGUGCUGGGUCAUUAUUCCUGAGCCCCCACUCCAAUCCAGAGAAGAGCCUGUCCCCCCACUCCACUAGGUGAAUAGCAACAUGGCCUGCGGGGAGCUCAGAGUCUCUGUGGGUGGAAAUCAGGGUGAUCUUGGGGGGAGAGUGUACGGGGCUUCAGAUCAGGGACAUUGCUGAUGAACCGUUUUUCACUGGCCCCAUCCCAUUGGGUUCCUUGCUGCACACCUUUGAAGCUGGACCUCAACCCCUCUCCUACGUCCUGAAAGACCCUCUCCCAGGCCUCAGACAGAGGAGAGGCCUCAGUGUCCUCUGUCUCCAGGCCGGGCGUCCACGGUCUGUCCUGCUUUCAUGAUGCUGUUGCAGCUUGUGCUGAGCUUGCCCAGUUGCAGAUUGCUGGGCAUCGCUGCCCCCGCCUUCCAGCACCCUGUCUCAGUGCCCGCCCCUCUCUCCUGAAACAUAUGCCCCUGGCCAGGCUGGAGACCCCCCAGCCCCCAAAUGAGAAGUGCCCUUAAGAACCCCCCACCCCUCGCAGCCCUGGAAUAAAUUUUGCAAUUAGUUUCCAGCUACUUCUGCCUAUUUACAUUCUGGGGCCAAAGCAGAGCCUCCCAAAUAGGCCUGGGUUAUCUAGGGCAAGGGCGUGCUGCAAAUGGGAUGAAGGCGAUACCCAAGGAACCUUUGGUUCAAAACUUGGGGGAGGCAAGAUGGGGUCUGGGGAGGGGGAUACCAGGCACUACUGGGGCCCCCCCUCAUCCCUGGGUCCCUGAUAACCCUGGAAGAGGCUUGGGCUUUCCGGGGUCUCAGCCUCGGUUCCACCCUGGUGUGCAUCUCAGCUGCAUCCUGGGCAGAAGGGAACAGUCAUUUAGUGAGCAUCUACUGUGUGCCAUCCGUCAUUUCACUGUUCCUCCAGGAGCCCCGUGAGGCAGGGGUUAUAAUCCAGAAGAGGGCAAGGGACUUUAGUUGGCCACCUGCUGGGGUCCACCUGCCUUCAGGGCACUGACCCUUUCUUCUCUGUCUGCCGGCAGCCACCCACAGGCCCUGGGCCUGGCCCCUCUCAGAUUCCCCAACUUCCCCUCCAACCCCAGCCGCCUGGUGGCAGCAGUGAGCAGGGCCCACUCAGGACUGCUCCCUCCAGUCUGCUCCAAGUGCCCUUCCAGGACUUCACCUGCCUUGUCCAUUGGUCUGGUCCCAUCCGCUCUUCGCAGUCACUGUGGUAGGUGGCAGCCCCAGAUUACAGACGAGGAAACUAAGAUGAGUUGUCCUAUCCAAGGUCACACACUGAGAAAGGCCAAUCCCAGAUGCAAGCUUUCAUCCUUGACCCACCUUGACCAACCUAAUUUACUCCCAGAGUCACUCCUGCUCCACCCAUGCCUCUGGACAGAUUAGGAAAAGGUACUUCUUUUAGGGCGAGGCAGCCUCAGGCAGGCAGACACCUUGGCAGUAGCACCUUCAGAUGCCCUGAAGUAGAUACCCUGGUUCCUGCCCCUGGGGAAUGUUCAGUCUUGUAGGGGAGACUGUCUUACUCAGAUUGUGAUCUGAUGUUAUCAUGUAACUGCAAGAUAAGAAAGUGAUUGAUUCUGCUCCUGGGCGGACAGGAAGUCUUCACAGCAGAGAUGUCCUCCAAACUGGGUUUUGAAGGAUGUCCAGGGGUUCACCAGCUCGACAGGAGGUGGAGGCAGUCCUGGCAGAGGGAAGUGUGAACAUAAGGAUGGAGGGGUGUCAACCAGCAGU